AUGCUCGCAGGAUCCGCCCUUAGCUCUGUUCUUGCUGUUGUUCUUGUCUUUGCCCUUCCUGCGAAGGCAGCACCUCAGCAAAUGAUGAGGCGCUCAACGCCCGAGCUCAGCCUAACAGCUCAGCUACAAAUUGCAGAUACUGCCAUCGACCGUUACCAGCUCCUCCCGAAGGAUGAAGAUUUUGUAUACGAUUUCACCAAGAGCAAGACCCCGUUUGCCAACCGGAAGACUUUUCCCGCUUUGGUUGGCUCUGGAACCUCCUUCAGUGUCGGUCAACUGCCAGCAUGCAGCAUGGCCUACCUCCACCUCCACCCUCGUGCCACAGAGCUCUUCGUGCUUAAUUCUGGGCGCGUGCUCACCCAGAUGGUGCCUGAAGUAGGCGUGCUUGACUCUAAAGGUAAACAGCGAGUCAUCCACACCGAACUGGGUCCUGGCAUGAUGACAAUCUUUCCGGCCGGUUCGUUCCACACACAGGUGAAUCCGGAUUGUGGACCAGCCAAUUUCACAGCAGCACUCUCGUCGGAGGACUUCGGCAUUGGGUUGGUCGCGGAGCAGGUGUUUUCUCUGAGCGAUGACGUUAUUGCUGCCACAUUUGGACAAAGCAUUGCCGGGGAGGAUCUCGAAAAAGUGAGGCAUGCUAUUCCGGGAGAGGUGGUGAUCAAGGUUGAGGAGUGCUUGAGCAAGUGCGGUAAGCAGAAGCGUCAUGCUUGA